GAACCCGCCAAUGCAAGCGUCUACGCCUGCCUCUUGUCGCACUACCAAAUACCAAUAUAAUAUUAUUUUAUUAUUAUUAUUAUUAUUAUUAUUAUUAUUAUUAUUAUUAAUUUCACAUCGCAUCUCUUCAAAUUCACAAGAUCUGGAUUCAAUUCUAAUUCAUCUUCUUACUAUCACUAGAUUCGUGAUUUGUUUCAUAUAAUAAUAAUUUAGCUUCAACUUCAAAAAGGGGAAAGUUAUUCGGGUUCUAGGGUUUUCUGUUAUGGCACAGAAUCAAGGUAGUAGUAGUACUGGUGGUGGUGGUGGAUUCUUUUCAUCGAUCGCUUCUAGUUUCUCCAGUUUUAAGAAUCAAGUUAACGGCUUGCUUGGUUAUGAGGGGCUUGAAGUCAUCAACCCUGAGGGAGGAACAGAUGAUGCCGAGGUUGAAGCACAAAGAGGCAGAUGGAAGCAGGAGGAGCGUGACAGUUACUGGAGAUCGAUGCAGAAGUAUGUGGGAGCUGAUAUCACAUCAAUGGUGACUCUACCCGUACUCAUAUUUGAGCCCAUGACAAUGCUGCAAAAAAUGGCAGAGUUGAUGGAAUAUUCCCAUCUUUUGGAGUUAGCAGAUGAAUGCGAGGAUCCAUACAUGCGAUUAGUAUAUACAGCAUCCUGGUUUAUAUCAGUAUAUUAUGCUUUGCAACGAACCUGGAAGCCGUUUAAUCCAAUUCUCGGUGAAACCUAUGAAAUGGUUAAUCAUUGUGGCAUUACAUUUAUUGCAGAACAGGUUAGUCAUCACCCUCCUAUAAGUGCUGCACAUGCUGAAAACGAGCAUUUCAUAUACGAUAUAACUUCAAAGGUGAAGACCAAGUUUCUCGGUAACUCUCUCGAUGUUUAUCCUCUCGGAAGAACUCGUUUGAAGCUAAAGAAAGACGGGGUAAUUCUAGAGUUAGUGCCCCCACCGACAAAAGUUAACAAUUUAAUAUUUGGAAGAACAUGGAUUGAUUCCCCAGGGGAGAUGGUGUUGACCAAUUUGACCACCGGAGACAAAGUUGUCCUGUAUUUUCAACCCUGUGGUUGGUUUGGCGCUGGUCGUUACGAAGUGGAUGGAUACGUAUAUAACUCUGAAGAAGAACCGAAAAUAUUAAUGACGGGAAAGUGGAACGAAGCUAUGAGUUACCAACCUUGUGAUUUGGAAGGAGAACCCCUUCCAAACACUGAACUCAAAGAAGUUUGGAGAGUUGCUGAGUCCCCUGCAGAUGACAAAUUCCAGUACACACAUUUUGCACAUAAAGUAAACAGCUUUACAACCGCUCCAAAGAAUUUAUUGCCAUCAGAUUCUCGCUUACGGCCAGAUAGAUACGCACUUGAGGCAGGUGACUUGUCUAAAGCUGGUUCAGAAAAGAGCAUUCUUGAAGAGAAACAGAGGGCUGAGAAACGGAUGCGAGAGUCAAAGGGUCAAGAAUUCGUCCCAAAAUGGUUUAACCAGACUGACCAAAUUGCUCCCACACCGUGGGGCGAUUUGGAGAUUUACGAGUUCAACGGAAAGUAUAAUGAACACCGAGCUGCUGCUGAUAGUUCCGGCACGGUUAAAGAAGUUAACAUCAGCACGACCGAAUUCAACCCUUGGCAAUUCGGAAAUGUUGCUGAAACCAGUUAAAGGAAGUUGGUUUAUAUGUUACUUAUGUUUGUUUGCUACUUGUUACUUCUAGUUGUUUAAGUUUUACAUAAAUGUUUGUAUGAGUAGAUUCUUUUUGUUUGGUUUUGAUUUGAAUCAUACUCUAUUAAGUUGUUGAAAAUUUUGGUUAAUGUAUCUGAUUUCAGGACUUA